CCCUACAGCCGUGCGCUCUCUGAGGGUGUCGUCGUGAACGUAUCCAAGGCAUGAGAAGAGUUAUACCACCUGAGCACAUAUCUUCGUGUUCCUCCGUAUCCUCUGCCUGAAUUUCGGACCCCCAAACAAGGCAAGAUUACAUCCUGACGUCACGGCUAACGUUGUGGGCGCUUGCUCGUUGCCCUCGUCCAUCCCUCCAUCACGAUACACGGACUUUACGGUCGGCGGUGUGCUCGGCUUCGUCAUGAUACGAACAGUACUCGCUGCGACCGGGGCUUAUGACGACAGAAAGCCUUCAUAGUCUACUGGCUUGCGAGUGCUUUAAAGGGCAAACGUGUACCCCACGCCACCUUUCCACUUUCUUGACUGCUACACUCAGCCACGCAACACAACCAUGCUAUCGAGGCUUGCGCUCCGUCAGACCCUCUCCCGCUCCCUACUUGCAUCUGCGCGGGCGCCUAAGUCGAGAGGAAUCGUAACUCUAUCACCUAAUGUCCUGUACCUUUCAUCUGCAGUAGCCGAUCAGCCUGGACGCGCAGGCACCGCGAAGUCGCUCACCGACCAGCCUCUCGAGCUCAAGUUCGCCCGCCCGAAGACCAUUGGCGGCAAGGGGAAUGGGCAAACCCCCGAGCAGCUCCUGGCGAUGGCCCUGUCGACGUCCUUCCUCGACGCGAUGAACCUGGCCGCCAGCAAGCAGGGCAAGAACGGCAUUACCGCGAAUGCGAGGGUGCACGCGGCGGCGUUCCUGGGCCACCCGGAGAAAGGGCGCGAGGGGUUCGGCCUCUCGACGAGUAUCGUGGUGGAGAACGUGGAGGAUGACGAGCUGAUACUCGCGGCGCGGGAGUUAUGCCCCUUCACGCGCGCCCUGACCGAAGGCAUCGAGGUCAAGGUCAUGAAGAGAGCAACGCCUUCGGAAGGUGAAGCUGAAGCCUCGGAGUGAAUGUUAGUAAGGCGCCUCGGAGACUCACUGUCGGCGCUGUAUACCCCAAGUACCUUACCAUGGACUGGAUGGCUGUCCCUGUACCCUACUAUCUAUAGUGAUCUCUACUAUCUAGCCGCAGAUUAUCUAUCUGGAAUACCUUCGCCUACUAGCG